AUGACGAAAUUGAGGGUGUUGUUUGCUCGCCUCAGUUUAUUUGAUAAUGGAAGUCUGCUAGCUGAGCUUCAGGUUAAGCCUAUGUGGAUUGAACAGAUUAAGGGUAAGUCAUUGGAGGACGAUUUUUUGGUUCUUCUUUUUCGACAGGUUGAGAGUGGGUAUACUGAGGACUUUGGACUGAAUAGCGAAGGGGUCAGAUUGAUACGGGGUCGACUGAAAGUGACAUCCAAUAGACAAAAGUCUUAUGCAGACUUGAAGCGAUGCAAGGUCGAGUAUUUUAUUGGAGACUCCGUUUUUCUUAAGGUCUUACUAUGGAAGAAGUCAGAGCUACCUCCAAAGUUGGAUCAAAUUCAUGAUGUUUUCCAUCUCUCGAUGUUGAGGCCCUACCGCUCUGAUCCAACGCAUAUUGUUCUAGUGGAGGAGAUCGAGGUUAAGCUAGAUCUGACUUUCGAGGAGGAGCUGGUUCAGAUAUUGGAUCGCGACAUAAAAAUUCUAAGGAGGAAAUCUAUCCCACUGGUUAAGGUUCUAUACUGUAACCAUAGCUAUAGGGAGGCCACGUGGGAGCCUGAAGAUGCGAUGUGUCAACAGUAUCCUCAUCUAUUUUGA